UUGACAGGUGUGUGCAGAUGGUUUGAGAGGGUCAGCAUGCUGGUGAUUCUGCUCAACUGUGUGACGCUGGGCAUGUUCCACCCCUGCGAGGACAUCGCCUGCGACUCGCCGCGCUGCAGGAUCCUCCAGAGCUUUGAUGACUUCAUCUUUGCCUUCUUUGCCGUGGAAAUGAUCGUCAAAAUGAUUGCACUGGGGAUUUUUGGGAAGAAAUGCUACCUGGGAGACACAUGGAACCGCCUGGACUUCUUCAUCGUCAUUGCAGGGAUGCUGGAGUAUUCCCUGGACCUGCAGAAUGUCAGCUUCUCAGCCGUGCGCACCGUCCGAGUCCUGCGGCCGCUCAGGGCCAUUAACAGGGUCCCCAGUAUGCGCAUCCUGGUGACGCUGCUUUUGGACACGCUGCCCAUGCUGGGGAACGUCCUCCUCCUCUGCUUCUUCGUCUUCUUCAUCUUUGGCAUUGUGGGAGUCCAGCUGUGGGCAGGUUUGCUCAGGAACCGCUGCUUCCUCCCUGAGAACUUCAGCAUCCCCUACACGGUUGAUUUGGAACGGUACUACCAGACAGAGAACGAAGAUGAAAAUCCCUUCAUCUGCUCCCAGCCCCGGGAGAACGGGAUGCGCUACUGUCGGAGCAUCCCAACACGGAGGGAAGAGGGUCUGGAGUGCACUCUGGAUUAUUAUUCCUACAAUGACACCACCAACACAUCUUGUGUGAACUGGAACCAGUACUACACCAACUGCUCUGCUGGGGAGCACAACCCCUUCAAGGGAGCCAUCAACUUUGAUAACAUCGGCUACGCCUGGAUUGCGAUAUUUCAGGUCAUCACGUUGGAAGGCUGGGUGGACAUCAUGUACUUUGUCAUGGAUGCACACUCCUUCUACAACUUCAUCUACUUCAUCCUCCUGAUCAUUGUGGGCUCCUUCUUCAUGAUCAACCUGUGCCUGGUGGUGAUAGCGACGCAGUUCUCUGAGACAAAGCAGCGUGAGAGCCAGCUGAUGAAGGAGCAGCGCGUGCGCUACCUGUCCAACGCCAGCACCCUUGCCAGUUUCUCAGAGCCAGGAAGCUGCUAUGAUGAGCUCCUCAAGUACCUGGUUUACAUUGCCCGGAAGGGCAGCAAGCAGCUGGUGAAGGCCUACAGGGCAGCAGGCGUGAGGAUGGGCUUCCUCAGCAGCCCCACGAGCAAGGCGAGGGCCGAGCGGCAUGCCAGGAAGCGCCGGAGCAGGAAGAGAUCCUCUGUGCACCACCUCAUCCACCACCACCAUCACCACCAUCACCACUACCACCUGGGCAACGGGAACCUGCGAGCGCCCCGUGCCAGCCCGGAGAUCAGCGACGUGGAGACCAGCUCGCUCCACAAUGGCACCAACCGGCUGAUGCUCCCUCCCUCAGCACCCAACUCCCUGGGGGCCCCCAGCGCCUCUCCCAGCAACACCGAGUCCGUGCACAGCAUCUACCAUGCCGACUGCCACUUUGAGCCGGUGCGCUGCCGGUCAUCCCUGACACAGCCAAGCCUCGGUUUGCCAAGCCCAGAAGGGAUCCCCAAGAACGUGGUGGGCAGCAAGGUGUACCCCACAGUGCACUCCAGCGCCUCCCAUGAGAUGCUGAAAGAAAAGAACUUGGCGGAGGCGGCGGUGGGUGCCGGGAGCAGCACCUUGACAAACCUCAACAUCCCGCCCGGGCCAUACAGCACCAUGCACAAGCUGCUGGAGACACAGAGCACAGGGUUCUUCUCAGUCCAUGUUACAGAGAAAGGUGAUGGCUUUCCAGGUCCCUGCCAAAGCUCCUGCAAGAUCUCCAGCCCCUGCAGCAAGCUGGAUGGAGGCUCCUGCAGCCCCGAGAGCUGCCCCUACUGCCUGGCAGCGCUGGGCGAGGCUGAGCUGUCCGACAAUGACACGGCUGACUCAGACAGCGACGGCGUCUACGAGUUCACGCAGGAUGCGCACUACAGUGACCAGCGAGACCCACAACGGGGCAGAGCCCGGGCCGGGAGAGCCCAUCUGGUGCUGGCCUUCUGGCACGUGGUGUGUGAGACUUUCCAGAAGAUCGUGGACAGCAAAUAUUUCGGCCGUGGGAUCAUGGUGGCCAUUCUCAUUAACACACUCAGCAUGGGGAUCGAAUACCAUGAGCAGCCGGAGGAACUUACCAAUGCCCUGGAGAUCAGCAACAUCGUCUUCACAAGCCUCUUUGCCCUGGAGAUGCUGUUGAAAGUCCUUGUUUAUGGUCCUUUUGGCUACAUUAAGAAUCCAUACAACAUCUUUGAUGGGAUCAUUGUGGUGAUUAGCGUGUGGGAGAUCGUGGGCCAGCAGGGCGGGGGGCUCUCGGUCCUGCGCACCUUCCGUCUCAUGCGGGUGUUGAAGCUCGUCCGCUUCAUGCCAGCGCUGCAACGCCAGCUCGUUGUCCUCAUGAAGACCAUGGACAAUGUGGCCACCUUCUGCAUGCUGCUGAUGCUCUUCAUCUUCAUCUUUAGCAUCCUGGGCAUGCACCUCUUUGGCUGCAAGUUCGCUUCGGAGCGGGAUGGCGACACUCUGCCUGACAGGAAGAACUUUGACUCCUUGCUCUGGGCCAUCGUCACUGUUUUCCAGAUUUUGACGCAGGAAGACUGGAACAAGGUCCUUUACAAUGGCAUGGCCUCCACCUCAUCCUGGGCUGCUCUCUACUUCAUCGCUCUCAUGACAUUUGGGAAUUAUGUUCUCUUUAAUCUGCUGGUGGCCAUCCUGGUAGAGGGUUUCCAGACAGAGGAGAUGUCCAAGCGAGAAGAAGCGAGUGGGCAGUUAAGCUGUAUUCAGCUGCCUGUCGACUCGUCGGGGAAAGGCAAACUGGGAGUGCAAGAACAGGGUGAUGCUUCCAAGUCUGAUUCCGAGGGGGAUCUCUUCCCCCACAGCCUGGAAGAGGAGGGAGAACCUAAGAAAAACUUGUCAAAUCCAGCCUUGAUGGCCCUGAGCGAGCACCCGGAGCUGAAGAAGAGCCUGACCCCGCCGCUCAUCAUCCACACGGCCGCCACGCCGAUGCCCAUGCCCAAGAGCGCCGUGUUCGGGGACGCGGCUCAGGGCUUCGAGUCCCGCCGGGCCAGCGGCGUCUCCACGGACCCCGGUGCCGCCCACGAGCUCAAGUCCCCGCCCAGCGCCCGCAGCUCCCCGCACAGCCCCUAGCGGGCCAGCAGCGCCUGGAACAGCCGCCGCUCCAGCUGGAACAGCCUCGGCCGCGCCCCCAGCCUCAAGCGCCGGGCGCAGAGCGGCGAGCGCCGCUCCCUCCUGUCCGGGGAGGGCAAGGAGAGCUCCGAGGAAGGCGACAGCUCGGAUGAGGAGCGCUCCAGCCGGGCCGGCAGCUUCAAUGGCUCUUUGCCGCACCGCAUGGAGUCGCUGGAAACGAAAGGGUCCUUUGACCUCCAGGAUACUCUGCAGGUGCCUUCCCUGUAUCGGACCGGCAGCAUGCACAGCACCAGAACGUCUGUCUCUGAGCACCAGGACUGCAAUGGGAGGACAUCUCCGGGGCUGCUGCUGCACCAGCUCCACCUGGAUGAGCCCCACCAGGACGGUGAUGACGGCGAUGAUGAAGGUAGCAUGAGCAAAAGGGACCGCAUGAAGGCCUGGCUGCGGGCACGGCUCCCCACCUGCUGCAAGGAGAGGGACUCCUGGUCCAUCUACAUCUUUGCCCCUCACUCCAGAUUCCGUCUGAUGUGCAAUAAAAUCAUCACUCACAAGAUGUUCGAUCACGUCGUCUUGGUGAUCAUUUUCCUGAACUGCAUUACCAUUGCCAUGGAACGACCCAAAAUUGAGCCUCACAGCGCUGAACGGAUUUUCCUAACACUCUCCAACUACAUCUUUACAGUCAUCUUCCUGACUGAGAUGACAGUUAAGGUGGUGGCACUAGGCUUGUGUUUUGGGGAGAAAGCCUACUUGAAGAGCAGCUGGAAUGUGCUGGAUGGGGUGCUGGUGCUCAUCUCCGUCAUCGACAUCCUGGUCUCGAUGGUGUCAGACAGCGGCACGAAAAUCCUGGGGAUGCUGCGGGUCCUGAGGCUGCUGAGGACGCUGCGGCCCUUGAGAGUCAUUAGUCGAGCCCAAGGACUGAAGCUGGUCGUGGAGACUCUCAUGUCAUCGUUGAAACCCAUUGGGAACAUUGUGGUUAUCUGCUGUGCCUUUUUCAUAAUCUUUGGGAUCUUGGGAGUUCAGCUUUUCAAAGGCAAGUUUUUUGUGUGCCAGGGGGAGGACACCAGAAACAUCACAAAUAAAUCGGAUUGUACAGAAGCAAGCUACAAAUGGGUCCGGCACAAGUAUAAUUUUGAUAAUCUUGGCCAGGCCCUGAUGUCUCUGUUUGUCCUGGCCUCCAAGGACGGGUGGGUGGAUAUCAUGUACGAUGGCUUGGAUGCUGUGGGAGUCGACCAGCAGCCAGUCAUGAACUACAAUCCAUGGAUGCUCCUCUACUUCAUUUCCUUCUUGCUGAUUGUGGCCUUCUUCGUCCUCAACAUGUUUGUGGGGGUGGUGGUGGAGAAUUUCCACAAGUGUCGGCAGCACCAGGAGGAGGAAGAAGCCAAGAGGCGGGAGGAAAAAAGGCUCCGCCGGCUGGAGAAAAAGAGAAGGAAAGCUCAGUGUAAGCCCUACUACUCGGAUUACUCCCGUUUCCGCCUCCUGAUUCACCAGAUGUGCACCAGCCACUACCUGGAUCUGUUCAUCACCGGCGUCAUCGGCCUCAAUGUCAUCACCAUGGCCAUGGAGCACUACCAGCAGCCCAAGGUUCUUGAUGAAGCCCUGAAGAUUUGCAAUUACAUCUUCACCGUUAUCUUUGUCAUGGAAUCUGUUUUCAAGCUUAUUGCCUUUGGAUUUCGCCGCUUCUUCCAAGACAGAUGGAACCAAUUAGAUCUGGCAAUUGUGCUACUGUCUAUCAUGGGCAUCACUUUGGAAGAGAUUGAGGUGAAUGCUUCACUACCAAUUAACCCCACGAUUAUCCGGAUCAUGAGGGUUCUCAGAAUCGCCCGAGUGCUGAAGUUGCUGAAGAUGGCUGUGGGGAUGAGGGCCCUCCUGGACACCGUGAUGCAAGCGCUGCCACAGGUGGGAAAUCUGGGCCUUCUCUUCAUGUUGUUGUUUUUCAUAUUUGCAGCUCUUGGAGUGGAGCUGUUUGGAGACCUUGAGUGUGAUGACACACACCCCUGCGAGGGGCUGGGACGGCAUGCCACAUUCAGGAACUUUGGGAUGGCCUUCCUGACCCUAUUCCGAGUAUCCACAGGAGACAACUGGAAUGGGAUAAUGAAGGACACACUGCGUGACUGUGACCAGGAGUCCACCUGUUACAACACCGUCAUUUCCCCCAUCUACUUCGUCUCCUUUGUGCUGACAGCCCAGUUUGUCCUGGUGAAUGUGGUGAUUGCGGUGCUCAUGAAGCACUUGGAGGAGAGCAACAAGGAGGCAAAGGAGGAGGCAGAGCUUGAAGCAGAACUGGAGAUGGAGAUGAAGACCAUCAGCACUGGCCAGCACAGCCCCUCAAACAUCUUUGCGUGGACAGGCACCACCAGUGGAGACAGACCAGAGAACCCCGGCGGAUUUACCAAUCCCAUGCAAAUCAAGAUGGAUUCUCAGCUCUCACUAGCUUAUCAUACGGAAAGGCACUUGUUUGAUACCAUAUCACUGCUGAUCCAGGAAUCUCUGGAAGGAGAGCUGAAGCUGAUGGACAACCUGUCAGGCUCUGUGUGCCAUCAUUAUGCCCUCCCAGCUCCCGAAUAUUACAACUCUGAGAACCAGAUCCCUCUAGCUGAGAUGGAGGCUCUGUCUCUGACGUCAGAUAUUCUCUCUGAAAAGUCCUGGUCCUUAGCUCUGACGGAUGACUCUUUUCCUGAUGACAUUAACACACACUUACUUAAUGCUCUGGAAAGCAAUGCCGCUCUCCGCUGCAGGGACGACGCGCUGACGCUGUCCCCCAGCAAGGACCUGCUGAGCGUGAGGAAGCCCUCGGUGGGACGCACGCACUCCCUGCCCAACGACAGCUACAUGUUCCAGCCGCCCUACUCCAGCCCCGGCCCGGCCUCGCUGGGCAACAGGAAACCAGCACACCACAAGUCCCAGUCAGGUUCGAAGGCAUCGGUGCAGUCGCAGCCGGCAGACACCAGCUCCCUCCUGCAAAUCCCAAAGGAACAUUUCCACCACGUGAGAGCUCACGAGCACUUGGUGGGGGACAGCAAGCCCCGGGUCUCGCAGCAGGCACACUCCCCUUCUGCUGAAAGGCUGCUCCGCAGACAGAUGGCUAUAAGGAAUGACUCUCUGGAUAGCAAGGAGAAUCUCCACACCGAGGUGAGUGAACUCUCUGACCCAAAUGCUCCCACUGUGCCCAAGGAGGAGUCACCAGUGGCUCUGAUGCCCUCAGAAGUGAAUGAGUUGGCUGCCUGGAGUCGGGCGAGCGUCCAUACGCAGCAGCAUUCCCACAAUCAGUAUAAUAUUUCAAAGCAGGCACCAGCAUCCUGUGCUUGUGCAGACUCGUAUCAGGAGACCCCUGAAGACUCAAUGGACCAAGAAGUAUCUGAAAUAAACAGCUCCUUGGAGCCUUUCACUUCAGAAACUUGCACAGCCUCGAGUGCCUGUUCGGAGGGUCAGCCUCUCACACCUAAGAGGAACGUGGGCAAUACUGGCAACGCGGUACUGAAGGACCUGAAGAAAUAUCACAGUGUAGACACCCAGGGUCUGCUAAAAAAACCGCCCUCUUGGUUAGAUGAUCAAAGGAGACAUUCAAUAGAGAUUUGUUCCAUAGAAAACAGCCCUCAGCACCAUUCCACGUCCAGCUCUUCUGGCUUUAUAAGUCAGGUGGUGAGUGAAAUGGAAUGCUUGCAAGGUACGCGGCAGAAGAAGAAACUGAGCCCUCCUUGUAUAUCUAUAGAUCCACCUGAUGGGCAGAGUUUGGUACCUAGGGGACCCCACAGCAUCUCACCUGCCAGUGGAGACGUUUGCUUGAGGAGGCGUGCUCCAUCCUGUGAGUCCAAGGAUUCAGUGGAUAUAGGGGAUUCACUGCUUCCAGACAGUAUGGCAACAUCUCCUACCCCAAAGAAAGACUUGUUGACACUUCCUAGCUUUUCCUUUGAUCAAACGGAAAUGGACCCCUGAGUUAUUUUUCUGUUGGUGCCAAAUGUCUUCUUCCUUUCAUGUAAUAGAAAAAAAAUCUUAAAAACUCUGUACUCCAAAAUGGCACUGGGUAAAAAAUUUCCAAAGAAAGAUUAAAGAACCAGCUGGUUAAAAGAGUGGUUAACCUAUAUCACGCUUACUUAAGCAUAUGUUCUGCUUAGGUAAAAGCAAUACAAUGUGCAGAAUCUAUAUGUAUAUUAUAUUUUAUUAAAUUAAUUGAAUCUAGUAUCAUGGGAUGUAGUACAUUUUGUGACUAAAGACUCAUUUAAUUUUCUUCUAUUUUAUGUAUCUCGGAAUAUUUCUGAGAUAAAGUUGGUUUUUAUGAAUAUUUUAACCUAAAAAGUAUAUAUUUAUUCCCUUCUCUUUUUGUUUUGUUUUGUUUGGGUUUCAUUUUGUUUUGCAAAGCACACAAUGUAGCCAAUUAGUGCAUUACAGAGGAAAUGUAUCCCACAGUCAGCAGUAAAUAAGGAUUAUUUAAUGUAAUAUAUUUUUCCCCUUGAACUUCAAUGAUAUUCUGGGAAAACAAUUGUUUGUGUAGUACAGAAAAGCAGUUGCAAUUUUUAAACAAAAUAUUCCAAUCUUGCAUUAAAUUGACAUUCAGAGUAUGAAAGCAAGUGCUCAGACCCAGGAAGGUCCAACAUGCUGAUGUCUGAAGAUGGUGAAGGCAGAGCCAUUUAACAAUACAAGAUACUGAAUUAUGAAAGGAUCAUAGUGGAUGUUAUAGAUCAUCCACUGGCAACUCACAAAAUCAUGUCAAUGGUUAAUUUUCAUGCAUUCCUAGGAAACAGACAACAGAGGCCUGUGGUCACUUCCAAGAUGUUUUUGCAGUGUCUCCAAGAUGGACUUUUUAUUUUGCUGAGUUUUAGUCCUCCCUCAUCCCUCUGUUUUCAGUGGAGCUCCUCCUCUCUGCACUCUGUGGAAAAGAGAGUGAGAUCAAGUUUAAGACUUGCAGUGGGUGAAAUCAGGGCAGACAUGGCACAACAAUAGGCUUCAGCACAUGCCCAAAGUUAAGCUCUUGCCUAGAAUGCCUGGAGGUUGAUCACAUUAAAGUAAUUCCUAAAAAUUAAAAUCAUAUGCUCAUGUUCUACUGAAUCAAGGCACUUCUGCAAGUUAUUUUACAGAAAGUCUGUGGGUACUGAAAUGACUGCUGGUUUUCAGUAAAAUAGCCAGGUAUUUUGCUGUCACUGCUAGAGUUAUUUUUCAUGACCCCAACUGCAAAUUUAUUUCCAAUCCAUCAAUAGCCUUAAGCAGCAACAUGAUGAUACAAAGUGGAUAAACCCAGAAUUCAUGUCCUUACUUUAUAACAUCAAUCAUCUCAAAAAUUACCUGUUUACUCCUGUGCUAAUGUCCUCUACCAAAAGCAAUCUGUAAAACUGGACAGCACAGCCUGAAAACCACUCGAGGUUGGCCCCAUUCGACACCUCAUGACUGAUGGAAGCCAGACAUUAACUCCACUCCACUUCCAUGAAAUCACAUUAAGAUGUAAGCUAAAUUAGACUGCAGGCAUGCUUUGAAGUGUGCCAACAGUCAGAGGCUUGAAACCAAGUCCACAGAUCAUGCCAGCAGAGGCAGGAGGAGGAUUUGUGCUAAUUCUGUCUGUCGGGAGUCCGUAAAUUUUGACAACUACCAAUCUUUGCAAAUCACUACAACAUGCUGAUGUACAGCCUUUUAUCCAUUCAGAAAUUAGGCUGCUUCCACCACGUGUAUCUACAUUAGCUUGGAGUGUACACACAAGGAGAAGAUGCUGUUCAUACCCCACAGCCUAUGAGAGGCCCUAGGCCCCUUCAUUUUCACUUGAGGAUGUUUACUCCAUAAACAGUCCCUACUGAUUUACAUGUCCACAAGAAAUGUAAGGGCUUUCAGCAGGAAGUCAGGCAAUCAGUGUAUUUGAAGUUGGAGGAUUAACAUUCUCUACUAUUUAGUGCAGUUAGAUUAAUUCUUGGCUGGGACAUUUUUCCUCUCUUCACCACAGGCCCAUACAGAGCCCGCUCUCUUUGAUAUGCCAGCCCAAAUCCAGAGUUAAGCCUGUCUAAAGCAAUGAUUUCAAACAAACCUUUCAUCAGUUCUUCUCCUAGAUCAUAUUUAAGGAAAUAAUAAAAUUACAGUGCAUUGAGCCUGAGAAAUAUUCUUAAUCCCUUUUUGGUUUUACACCCAAUAAUGAGCUCUAGCUUUUCCUUUUACAUGUGCUAAAUAGCUUGGGAAACUAGCUAGGCCACAAAAAUUGCCAUCCUUGGUACCUUAAUGAUUAGGAUUGUGUUCACAUUGCUGGAAUGAUACUACUUUUCAGAUCCUUCCUUACAAAAAAAACCCACUGAACAUUUUAGCUUGAAAUCGUGGCACAAAACAGUGAUGUGACGUCAAUCCAAAUGUUCAACUCCAAAUGUAACAGAAAGCCUAAAGGCUCUUCUAUUUUAAUGCUUGGGGCUUUGCCUACUGACAAGGUUUGUGGAAGUAGGAAAAAAGUUUACAUCAUACAUUAAUAUUCAGUAAAGACUAGCAAAUAAAAGAUACUCUAUGAUGAUGCUUUCAGGAAGAGAAUUACAUGUAAAAUAGAUUGUUUUCUAAACCAGAUAAGUUUUUUCUAGAUGCCCUUUUGAAAGACAAAUACAAAUGUACUGCAGCACAUGCAAUAAUACUCAAAUCAUUUUAAAUACCUUCGGGAGGGUUUUAUAGAAUUUGACUUUUUUAAACAAAAUGUACAAAAUCCACAGGAAUUCUGUAGAAUGGUUAUGUUGAUAGAAUUUUUAUAUUUUUGUAGAAAUCUAUAGAGAAAUUGUUAAAAGUCUGCGCUGCAUCUUGGCAACAGAAGCAGCUCUUAUCUUCGAGUUUCUUUUCAUAACCCUGGAGCCAGGCCUGCUCUGUUCCAACGCGUGGAGCGUGGUUUCACGGCCUGCAGCCAGGUUGUGUUCGGGAGUCAGCAGCUGAGCUGAAGCUCCACGAUACUGCAGUGCUAUUUACUGUCCCAGAACUGUACCCACAUGAAACACACCCCCUCUCCCCCCAAAGCUCAGCCCUGCCCAUGGUGAAGUAGUUGCAUGGCUCUCCAGCUCAUUCAAGCACACCAGCACUUUACUACUGUAGAUUUACUGUAUGCAGAUGGGAGGAGGAUAUUUUGUUAUUGCCAAUCUGACACAAUGGGGGAAAAGAGACUGCAGACAUGUCUGGAAAAAUGUAAAUUCUGUUCUUGCAGCCCCUAGCACAUAGAAGUGAUUUUUCAAAACUUGGUUAGAGGUUUGUACUGUAGAUAUUUUUGGAGGAUGACAAAGAACACUGUUUUUGACUUCUGUGGAUUGCACUCAGCACUAGGUGUAUUCAAGGAGAAAAUAAAAAACAAGGAAAAAAACCACCAAAAGCAUUACCACUGUAAAUUAGGCUAUGCCCAGUCUCCCCUUUUCUGCCCCUUUGGCUAUAAUAACCCAUGUACACUAUUACACAAGGUGAGUAGAGUAGGUGCAGUACCAUAGCAAUGUCCAUAACAACCUAGUAUAUAUGACAGAACUUUGUAUUUAAUAGUUAAUAUAUUGUUAUACUGUAUCAGGUAUAUGGGCCAAAACAAAGUCUUUUGGUCGGGGCAACAAAAGGUGGUACUCAUGGGGAAAAUAUGAUUUGGAUUUGAAAAUUGGAAAAAGGAUAUGAUCUUUUUUUUUAAAAGAAAAAAAAGAAGAAAAAAACAUGUGUAAAUCUUUACAACUGACAAAAACAAAUGUGUCCUAUUAAAAGCUUUUGAAAAUAAAAA